AUAUCGCUGGGCCCAGUGAUUCAUUUGUUUACAAAACAGCGCGCAACAGAGUUUGGUUUGUGAAUUUCUCCAAUUUACCGAAAGUUUCCGUAAUAUUCCACCAUGGCGAAGCCGGGAGAACGGGCCCUGCAAGCCAUCAAGGAGCAAAGUAAAGCGGUCACAGUAUUUAAAACACCCAUCGUGCCCAAGGCCAAAGCAAAGGACAAAAUCAUCCUCACGGAGGAGGAAUACCUACAGGAAAUGGGCAAAAUCAUUCAGCGGGACUUUUUUCCCGACUUGCAGAAACUGAAGGCACAGAACGAAUAUCUGGAUGCGCUGGCUAGCAAUGAUGUUUGCAAAUUGAGGCAGAUUUUUUCCAAGUACAGUUCCAAAAGACCAAACUCAUCCCGUUUAGCUAGUCCCGCCACGUUCGAGACACCACUACCGGAAGCGACACCAGCCAGCGAAGCGCCACCAUCGAUCCGGUCGACCUCCAGCGUUGGUUCAAACAAAUCGACCAAAACGCUCGGAGACAAGCACUCGUUGGACAGCUUCCUGCAGACGUACACCAGCGAGGACAAUGACAGCUUCCAGGAGAUCAUCGAAACGGCUGACCGGAAGCUGCGUCAAAAGUUUGCCGUGCUGUACCAAGCCGAAGGUACGACCGCCAUCGAGAUGGGCAAGUGCCUAGCCCUGCCGAGCAUCGAGCAGCAGUUUAACCAGCAAGAGCGACCCAAGCAGCUCGAUAUGUGGCGGUACACGAACAAAAACUACAUCAUGUACACCCCGGACGGUGUGGAGCUGACCAAGGAGGAGCAGCUGGAAAUGGCAAAGCGGAAGCAGGAAAUCAACCACAACAGCACGCGCCUCCAUCACAAUCCGUUCAACGAGCAAGACAGCCGGCAGGCGAUCGUGGAGGCGGCCAAAACGCAGGCCAAACAUCUGCCGGAGAAAAUCGGCGUGGACGGUCGUGUGAUGGAUCAGUCCCUGGGCGAAUCGCCACAGGUGCGGGGCUUCGGGUUCGUGAAGAGUCCCUCCCCCUGUCCGGGCGUUACGGACAGUCCGCUGUUUACGUGGGGUGAGAUCGAAGGCACUCCGUUCCGGUUGGACGGCGGAGACACACCGCUCCAUCCGUCGGCCGGUAGACCGUCGUUCCGUAUCAUGGAAACGUCGAAGCGCGAAAAUUUGGCCCUACAGCUGGCGGAAAAGGCGGCCGAGCAGUCGCGGGAGAAGAAAGCGAAGGCGAUCGAAGCGGCACGGCGCAACAUUGCUUCACCGCUGGUGCGCAGCUCGUUCGAUCGGUUGGCCAGCAUGUCACCGGCCGCCCGUCGGUUGGCUACCAACAAGCUCGGCUUUCUGGCCACACCUAGCCCGCUCGCAUCACCCGCCAGCUCCUGUGGAUUGAAAACACCCGUAAUGGUAAGUGGAAGUGGUCGGCGUAGUGGUGGUGGUGGUGGUGGUAGUAGUGUUGGUAGUAAAGCUAAGCCACGCCAUGUUACACCUUCUCCGAGACCGAUGGUAAGAAGGAAGACACCUCUGGUGGGAGCGACCGGAUCUUCGAAGGCUACAUCAACGGAUCUGACAGACGACCUGCUGGAUAUUCCGAGCGGCGGCAAGCGUCAGAAGGCUGCCGAUUUCUUUUGAGGCAUUGAAGUGAUCGAGUACCGAUCUAGAAAAUAUAACAGACUUUUACAAUGUA